AUUUGCGAAAAAUGUCGUUGCCCCCUAACUGACAUAAAAAAAGUUUACUUCACUUCUUCUCCGAGCGGACAAACUGGUUUGCGAGUUAGUUUGGCUUUUUUGGCUACCUUACAAGUUCUUAAUCCCCACGUCAAAAUAUACCAUAUUAAUACUUUGUUAUUACAAGCAGGAACCGAUAAUGGUCUGAGUUUAUUAACUAUUGAUAGCCGAGAAAGAAAGUAUCAUUUGGCGAUUUAUCAAAAAAAAAAGUGUUUACUUGCUCCGCAAAUUAUUAGCCGGGAAAAUUUAAUCCAGUUCCAACAACAAUUUCCGGAUUUUCCCGUCCGCAAGGAUUUUCGGGAAACCGAUUUACUGGCUAAUUUUCAAAAAUUAAAAAAGGAUUUUGUUUUGAUACAAAAUAUCCAAGACCCUGCAGAAAAAGACAGUGGUAAGAAUUGGAAAAUUCUGGGAGGAAUGAUAGUAAUAGUCUUUAUACUAGCAGUGAUAAUUGGUUUUUGGGGAGCAAGGAAAAUGUGGGCUGAGUCGGAAGCACCAAAAAAAGAAGGUAUUACUGAGUUAGAAAAGGGUUUAGGAACUAACCGUAGUAAAUUGCAGGAUUAUUUUGUGAUUUACGUCCCUUCUGAUGGCAAACUGUUACCUUACAUUGUUUUUAAAAAAGACCACAAUUGGGGUGCUAACGAACUAUAUGAAACUGAUAAAACAUUUUAUUUUAAUUGCUUAAAAGAUAGUUACCGAGAAUUUAAUACUAAGGAAGAAGUCAUAGAAUUUCUUCGUGAUAAAGAUAGUUUUUUUUAG